CUAGAUAGAUGAUUCGAAACAACAAAUAUGCAAUGUAGCUGCAUGCAGAUAACUGGAAAGAAAUAAGCCAAAGACAGGCAGAUAUGAAUGAUAUAUAUAUAUAUAUAUUGUGGAAAAAGAUCUGCAAGAUCUGUAAUGCCAACGGAAAAAAAGCAAUAACGUACCUAAAAAAAUAGUAAAAUAAU